GGGAAACGUAUAAAGGUGGAGAGCGCCAGAGAGGGAGCAAGUGGAGAAAAGACGAGGAGGAAGGAGCUUCUUCACAUUUCGAUAGAGAUUAUACAAACUUUUGCGAACAACAGACAGCUCAAUGGCUGCCAAUAGGGACCUUGCUUUCACCCUGGGGAUCGUUUGCCUGGUUCUCAUCAGAGGAUACUCUCCCCUGCCUACCACAUCGCAACUUGCAGAGACGAAUUCCACGAGACCUCUGACACCACGUGGGUUUAUGACCGAGACCUUUGAGUUCCCCACAGAGGACUACUCUCAAAUAGAAGAAAACCCAGUUACCCUUCCACGGAAUACAGCGUCUCCAUAUGAAAAGACCCCUAAGCGAUGUGACUACAACUCUUGUCUCGACAGUCAGAUCCCCUGUGCUGCUCUAGCAACCUCCACCGGAUGCUUGUGUCCAGGGUUUACUUUACAUAAUAAGGUUCCAAAUACUCCCACCCUGAAAUCAGUGUCCUGGAACGGGUCAGAGGUUGUUGCUCGGUGGUGUGCACCUCAUUCAUACGUCACAGCUUAUAUUGUGAAAGUAGGGGGGCAAGAGAGGCAGAGGUUUAGGAAGGACCAAAGGAGCGGCGGAUUGGGAGACAUGGACCACAACACAGAGGUUUGUGUGGUUGCAGUGAAUGAUGCUGGAGACAGUGAGAGGUCCUGUUUGAUGUACCCGCCCAGGGACAGCAGUCUGCCUCUGACAGCAGGGCUCAUCGGGGGAGCUCUGGGCUUCCUGCUGCUCCUCUUGCUGGCUGUCCUGCUCUGGAGGCACAAGAAGCAAAGGAAACAGGAGGCCAGCAUCUCUAUGCAUGACACAGCUGAGACAGAGUGAACAAGAAUAGACACUCAGUGAGAUAAGACUCUGUCCAAUGAGACCCCUCAGCAUCAUUGCAGAUAAUGUGAUUACAUUAUGUCUGAGGUUUUAUGCAAAAAAAAGAGGCUUCUUGAAAAUGCAGAAGGCAGCGUUCGGCAUCACACAUGAAUAUAUCUCUUAGUGUAAAAGAAAGUCCACAUUAUGUGAAUUUGGUCAUUUUUUGCAUUACAAAAUGAGCUGCUUGUUGAACAGCUCUCCGGACUUCAAGGAACAUCCCUGCAUGUAGUCCUUGCUUGCAACUGCUCAUUGUAGUUUAUUAUCAGUUGAUGGGAUAAAACGUGCAAAUCCACCAGUAUGGUAAUUUAAGUAUUUAUUCAUUCGUUGAUAUCAGGGAAUUUAAGUUUUUUGUUUUAGAUUUUUGUUUAUUCCUCAAAAAAAUACCGUUUAACAGAAGCAGCCGUGGUCCUGGGAAAACCAUGUAUCUCCAAAACAUCAGCUUUCCUGAACUAAGAAACAGUUUUGUUUUCGAGUAAUUCAAUGAGUCUUUAUGUUGUGUAUUUAGCAGCAAGGAACACUGAUUCCUUAAGUUUAUCUAAAAAAAAGAAUCAAAUUUGGAGUAACUGUUUUUUAACAGUGUAGGUUAUGUGAUAAAUACAAGAUGACUUGAUAGUUUGGAAUGCAAUAAGAAAUAAUGAUUUAUACCAGAGACAAUAGCCGACACAGGUUCAAAUGAUUGUGAAUAUUUUGAUAUUAUUUGUGGUCAUGUAUUUAAUUACAGAGUGAAACGAUGUAUUGUGGUUUGAAGGACUGAAAGGGAAUGAUGUGCUGUAUUAUGUUCUAUAUUUAUGAAAAUCAUUUGGUACGUUGCCGUAGAACUUGUUCAUGUUAAGAGUUCGAUUUGUCAAGAUUCCUUAAACACUAAAGAGACAAACAGAAGUCUAUAAGCACACAAAACAAGACCGGCUGUUCAAACAGAAACUACUGGUUAUGAAAAGUAUGUUAAAGGUUAUUCAACAUCUUUUGGAUGGGUGUGUUCUUUUCCAUCUUUGUCAAAAGUUGUGUCAGCGUACUGGAUGAGCACAAGUCUUCAGUGCUGUGUUUUUUCCAGCUGUCAUACAAUAGCCUUUUCCCCGGAUAUGGAUUUUGUAAUUCCAGCUGAGACUUCCAGUCAUCCAGCACUGAGCUGGUGAGAAGCUUCAGGCUGCUUUUUUUUUUUUUUUUUGCCAUGAUGAAAAAGAGAAGAAAGUCCAAUAUUUAACCCCCCCCAGUGUAUAUGUUCAAUCUAUGCAUGUUCAAGCCUCCAUCUGCACGGCUCGCAGCCAUGUUAUAAUUCCUUCUUGCUCUGGCUGCUGCCACGGAGAUGUUCCACUGCUCUUAGCGUCUUUCUUAUUCCAGCUGCACUGCAUAACUUACAUCACAAAGAGCUGCAUGGAAGUCAUUUAACAUCUGCAAUUUGGAGACACAACAGAUUGUUCAUUUCAGUGACUGAAAUGGCCUCAAGAUGUUGCUUUUAUGACACAUAUUCAGCCUGACUGCAGUCGCUCUCUAACUGGGAGGGAAAUCUUGACAUGAAUGGGCCAGUAUGAGAGGAAAUGCAAAAACAUGGGCGUACAAUAUCAUGUUUUUUGUAAUGCAUACUUCAACUUGCAAAAUAGGUUUGACAGGAACUACAAGCAGAGCAGAGCAUUUCUGCUGAUGGUACCAGAACAGCACAACAUGUACUCGGUCAUAUCUUUUCAAAAUGAAUGUGGUUUGCCUUUUUGUUUUUCAAUAAACUUUUUAUUU